AUGGCGACUGCCGCCCCUCGCUCAGCCUUUUAUAGCCGGUGCGGUGGGCGGGACUUCAAGGGAGCGCCACCAAUCAGAACGAAACCCGCGAAGCGGCGGGCCAAUGGAAGGGAGAGGUGGGGAGGAAAGUUACCGGAAGUGGGGUCAAACCGGAACCGGGUCCUAGCGCACACGAUGGGGAUCGGGGGGAAGAUCAACCGGCCGCGGACGGAGCUCAAGAAGAAGCUGUUCAAGCGGCGCCGGGUGCUGGCGCGGGGGGGGCGGCAGCAGAAGCGGAAGCCGCUCCGAAAGGACAACGACCCCGCGCAGCUCUGGGGGAAGCGGCGGCGGAAGGUGCUGAAGCGGCUGCGGGCGGCGGCCCGAGGGGUGCCCGUGUCCCCCCCACCCGCAACCCCGGAGCCGGGGGAAGCCCGCGGGGAGCGACCGGAGGCCGGGAGCGUUUCGGACGUGGAGAUGGUGGAAGCGGCGGCGGUGGAGGGGGGUGACCCCCCCCAGCAAUAA